CGUCAACAUAGCAGGGACUGCACAUAAAGACAAGAAUGAUGCAAUGUAUUCGAUGUUGUGUAUAUGCUCUCAUUGUUUGUAGCAUGAUUUGCACUAUUACUCUCAUAGAAUGGCACAACAAAGAGUCACGUGAUAACAGAUCAAAGCAUCGGCUGAUAAUGAACAGCAGUCACGAUAAUAUACUACCUGGAUUACUUUUAAAAUGUCCCUGGAUGAAACGAAACAAUACCUUGCACAAUUACUACACAGGACACGGGAAGCCACUGCACAUACACACAGUGGAUUACAUGCAGGUACCCAAAAUAGCCAGUGGUACAAUGAAGGGUUGUAUGAGGAAAAUAAAAAAGAAUAUGUCUUUAACUAUGGCAACAUUUACCUAUAAGGACAUACCAGAAAAAUACAUGAAAUAUCGAACUCUUGAAAAACCUUUUCCACCACUUGUACUCGGUGGCUUUUCAUUUGGGUUGGCUGAUAUUAGUAAUUUGUCGUUUGCUUAUUUUCUUGUGCUGAGAGAACCGUACGAUCGGAUUAUUUCCCAUUACGAACACUGCCGUACACGUAAUACCAAAGACCAUAUAUGUUUGCAUAUGAAUGCCAAGGAGGUGACUGUUAAACAGUGGGCCAUACACGUUGGAAGUUAUGUCUUUAGACAAUUAUUUAACAAUGUUUUGCUGUGUACUACAAAUUAUGAGCACUAUAUCAGAAAGGCAGCACUUGGAUUACCAUAUGCCAGGACUGUGAGAGGUGAACUUAUAUCUACAACUACACAAUUAAACAUGGCUGAAAUGCAAUGUUGGUAUAAACACAAAUUAUACCUAGAUUAUUAUAUGACGUCAUCAGAACAUGAAGCAAUGUUGCAAUAUGUACUCGAACAUUUAGAAGACUGGUUUACGGUUGUUGGUUUGUUAAAUGAAUACAGCAUGACACUGACUCUACUACAGGAAGCUGUCAAGCUACCGUUCGCUACCCUGUGUGAUCCCAGUAGUAAACACAAUGAGAACACGCGUUACAAUUCUACAGUUACUAAGACGGACAUGGUAGAUGAAUUAAGGAAACAACUCAUUAAUGAUAAUGAAGUGUAUAAAGCAUUAUACUACGAUAUCCGCAUAUAUAACAAAGUUGAACAAAUUUUUCACAAACAAAAGACAAAAUAUUUAGAAUUAUAA